AUGUCACUCGUAUCUGGCGAGAAGUCGAACUUCCAGUUCAUCAUCCGUCUUCUGAAUACGAAUAUUAAGGGUGAAAUCAAGGUAGCCAUCGCACUUAGCGCUGUUAAGGGUGUGGGUCGCCGAUAUGCCAACUUGGUCUGCAAAAAGGCAGAUGUCGAUCUGAGCAAGCGCGCCGGUGAACUUACCUCCGAAGAACUCGAGCGAAUUGUCACCAUUAUUCAAAACCCAACUCAGUACAAGAUCCCAACCUGGUUCCUCAAUCGUCAACGCGAUAUCGUCGAUGGCAAGGACUCGCAGAUACUCGCCAACGGUGUCGACUCCAAGCUCCGUGAUGAUCUUGAGCGCCUGAAGAAGAUCCGCGCCCACCGUGGUCUCCGUCAUUACUGGGGUCUCCGUGUCCGUGGCCAGCACUCCAAGACCACUGGUCGCAGAGGCCGGACCGUUGGUGUCUCCAAGAAGAAGGGUGGUUAA